AUGGCGGCGACUUCCUACUCCUCAGACCCUACGCUCUACCUCUAUACUUCCCUGACAGCCGGAUCGUCUCAUAUCAUCACCGCCACCUCAAGGCUAGAAACUAUUCUCAAGGCCAACAAGAUCCCGUUUCGGGCUCUUGACUGUGCAACCGAUGAGAAGGCUCGCAUGCUGUGGGGCAGACGAUCUAAGGGCAGGAAAUUGCCAGGACUUGUGAAAUAUGGAGAGAUCAUUGGAGACCUCGAGCAAAUCGAAGAGUGGAAUGAAUAUGGCGAGCUCAAAGAUCAAAUAGCAGCUACUCAAGAUUUCGGCAGCUUCACCGCCGGUACGGCCGCGACCAAACUGGCGCCCGAGGUGCCUGGUGCCAGCACUGCCAGUACUCCACAGAGAUCAGGACCGCCCUCCCGCGCCUCGUCCGAAACUCGCCACAUAUCUAUCACUGAGCCUAAAGAGAGAAAGGAUGGAGAUGGCAAGGCCGGUUCAUUACAGAAACCUGCCGAUAACCCUGUGAACAUUGCCAUGCGACAACUAGGCGCAGAAGCCGCAGCUAAAGCAGCUCAAAAGAAGUCCGGCGCUGCCUCUCAGCCACUAAAGGCCGCGGCCACCCCGGUGAAUGAGAAGAGCGUCCCCGAUCAAACUCCGUCCUCCGCAGCCACGAAGUUAAGCACUGAAGAAGCCGUCACCUCUGCGGAUACUGCUGCCGAAGUUACUGCUGCCAAAACACCCGCUCAAUUGGCGAGCGAAGGUGCAGGUAGAACCUCAGUUGACAAGAUCGCCGAGUCGGAAGACAAGCUGGCAUCAGGAGCUACCGAGAUGGAACAGCCCAAAUCAACAGAGGAACAACAACUCGAGAUGCGGCGGACGAGUAGCGUGACCAAAUCGAAGUCACGAUUGAGCGACGUCACGCCAAUAGCCGAAAGCGAUACAAUCGUUGCGGAGCCAGAAAAUGUCAAGUCGCCAUCAUCAGUAGCCGUACCGGAAGGUGAGGUCAGCGCCAGACCCGCGGAUAUGCCACGACAACACCGGGGAAGUGAUAUCGGCCAGGCGAGCUUAGAAGAGAUCAGAGCAUUGGAGAAGAAGAUGAGUAUACCGGAGGAGGAAGGAGGUGACGACAACGAAGAAGAACCGGCUACCUCGGCGACAACCAAAGCAGCGGCAGUAUCGACGACAGACAAGGCAGAAGAAGAGGCUGCCAAAGGGGUAGAGACACAGAAGACAGAGCCAAAGGAUGCGGACAAGGCUGGGGUUAGUGUUGGUGAUUAG